AUGGGUGUUGAAGGGGAGUACGAGGAGGAAGGAAACGAUAAGCGCAUUGAGGAGAUUCCUGAUGACUCUCCACCCAGCGCCAUCCUCGCCAACUCCCUGAUUGCAGUGGGCAACCUCAGCACCAUGAAACCUGCCCUUGAGCCAGACCUAGAGACCCAUCUCUUGCGAGCUGCCCUUCAGUCCGUCUUCACCCUGGGCAUGGAGAAGGACACCACCCACAUCCAGGCUUGGCACAAAGUCAUGCCAGAGCUCCUGGAUGCCAUGCUGGGGAACCUGCUGGCAAAGUCCCCAGACGCAGACAGGCUCCACUACAUCUUGGAGGUGAAACUCCAGGGAGCCCUGGGCCCUCUGAGGAAGGAGCUGGAAGAGGCCCUGGCUCUGACCUCUAAAGAGGAGGAGAAAACCACAGAGUGGCAGAAAGAAGGACUGUCAAUUUACACUAGUGUUGUAGAAAUAGCCAAAUGGUUGAGUUUACAGGCAGCAAAGGGAACAGAAGAGGAGAGGGUGUGUGGGGAACACCAGGAGACUCUGAAACUGUUCUGUGAAGAGGAUCAAACUUCUGUCUGUGUGGUUUGCCAUCUGUCCCGGGCUCACAGAGAUCACAGGGUGGUUCCCCUAAAGGAGGCUGCCCAGGAGUACAAGGUGAAACUCCAGGGAGCCCUGGGCCCUCUGAGGAAGGAGCUGGAAGAGGCCCUGGCUCUGACCUCUAAAGAGGAGGAGAAAACCACAGAGUGGCAGAGGAAAGUGAAGAAUAGGAGAGAGAAGAUUGCAGGUGAAUUUGACAAACUGCACACGCUGCUGAGAGAGGAGGAGCAGCUGCUUCUGCAGAGACUGGAGGAGGAGGAGAGGGAGACUCUGCAGAGACUACAGGAAAAUGUCACCAAACUCUCCCAGCAAAGCUCCUCUCUGCAGCAGCUGAUCACAGAGAUAGAGGAGAAGUGUCAGCAACCAGUUGUCAAGCUGCUAAAGGAUGUGAAAAGCACAUUGAGCAGGAGUGAGAAUGUGAAACUCCAGGAACCAGAAGCUGUUUCUACUGACCUGAAGAACGUGUAUAAAAUUUCCCUUGACAUGAAUGAAGUGUUGAAGAGAUUUGGAGACAAACUCCAGGCUGAGCUCAGGUGGAGAAGCGCCCAGCUCUACGCAGUGGACGUGACUCUGGAUCCAGAUACGGCUCAUCCCAAACUCGUCCUGUCUGAGGAUCGGAAACGUGUGAGACUCGGAGACAAACGCCAGGUUCUGCCCAACAACCCUGAGAGAUUUGAUUCUUGUGUCUCUGUCCUGGGCACUGAGGGGUUCACGGGCGGGAGGCGUUACUGGGAGGUGGAGGUGGGAGACAAGACAGGCUGGGACCUGGGGGUUUGUAGGGAAUCUGUGAGCAGGAAGGGGUGGGUCACACUCUCACCUGGGAAUGGAUACUGGGUUGUUUGGCUGAGGGAUGGGGGAUACAAGGCUGGCACCUCCCCCAGGACCCCCCUCCCCGUGAGCGUCAGGCCCAGCCGGGUGGGGAUUUUCCUGGACUAUGAGGCGGGCGAGGUCUCGUUUUACAAUGUGACUGACAGGUCCCAUCUCUUCACUUUCACUGGCACCUUCUCCGGGACGCUCCGCCCUUAUUUCAGUCCUUGUAACAACGCUGGGGGUACAAACGCGGCUCCCCUGAUAAUCUGCCCGGUCCCAGCUCAGGCCGGAGGGAAUCUCUGUCCCUGACAGUGACCCCGCGGCACAGACUGUCCCCGCCCAGCGCUGCUGCUCUUCCCGCCCCCAGUGGUGGGGGCCAGUUACUGCAGCAACUGGACUUUUUGUGCUGACCAGACGCUGCCAGCUUCCCUUUUCAACUGGAGAUUCCAGUCGAAAAACAGACACCUGGCAACCCCCAGACCUCACCUUCCCCGUCCCCUGCCCCAGGGGUAGCACGUGGGGGUGGAUGGGGGACAUUUACCCCUGUCAGAAUUUUCUACCCCUGUGAAAUCUCAAUGUAAAAUAUGAAAGAAAAAAUAUCAUUUUAAUUUAGAAAUUAUUAUUGUACCAAGGUGUAAAUACAAGAAUAUUUUAAUUUACAUUUCAACAGUAUUUCAAAAACAAGCCUAUAGAUCUAUUUGUAGAAAUGGAAUUAUUUACAUUAUUUUUUAUUUUUCCCUCAAAUCUAUAGUGAAGUUUAACAUCUCUAAAUAACGUCAUUUGCAUUUCAACUGUGGAAUUUCAAGAAAUCCAAAAUAUUUAUCUUAACAAAAUAAACUAUUAAAUUG